GCUCACCCAGGCUCACUCCCCAAUCUUUCCAGUACUUAUUACAGUGCUACUGAUUACAGGCGUUGAAGUUCGAACAUGGGGAAAACUAAGAAAAAAGAAAUUAAGAAAACUGAAAAAAUUACGCUAGAGAUCACUGAAGACAACAGUUCCAAACUUUCACCUGUUUCUAUAAGCCCUAUAGAAGAGCUGUCACCACAGCCCCUCAUUUCUCUUCCCCCUGAUGAACCCAUAAAGCAGGAAGAGCCUCCUGUGAGUGAGCCUGUUUUGGAGGUCUAUGAGGGACCGGUUCUUGCUGAACUAAUUGUGGAAAGGUAUGAAGGAGACAUGGUACAUGGGAUGUAUGAAGGAGAAGGUGUUGCAUAUUUUAAGGAUGGAAAUGUAUAUAAAGGCACAUUUUGUGAAGGGUUUAUGCAUGGAAAUGGAAUUUAUACAUGGACGGAUGGGCUGGCAUAUCAGGGAGAAUUUUACGUGAAUUGUCCAAUCGGAUAUGGUAUAUACAGGUGGCCCAAUGGCAGUCAGUAUGAAGGGCAAGUCUACAAAGGAAUACGACACGGAAGGGGCAUCUUCAUUUCAAGUAACCAACAGGUUUCUUAUGUAGGGGAGUGGCACAAAGGCGCAAGGCAUGGAAAGGGUACAAUUUACUACAAUGCAGAACAAACAUCUUGGUAUGAAGGAGACUGGAUAAUGAACACCAAAGAGGGCUGGGGAGUACAAUGCUUUAAAUCUGGGAACAUAUACGAAGGUCAGUGGAAAAACAACAGAUUCAAUGGAGAGGGAUGCAUGAGAUGGCUGUCAUCCAAUGAAGAGUACAUGGGACAGUGGGUGAACGGGAUACAGAAUGGUCAUGGGGCCCACACAUGGUUUAUAAAGAGAGUGGCAGGUUCUCAGUACUCCCUUAGAAAUGAAUACGUUGGAAACUUUGUCGAUGGACAACGCGAAGGUCACGGGGUGUUUUAUUAUGCAAAUGGAGCUAUGUAUGAUGGAGAAUGGAACAACAACAAAAAACAUGGCAUGGGGAAAUUUGUUUUUAAAAAUGGUAAAAUCUAUGUCGGUGAAUUUGUUGCUGACCAGAUAGCGGAGUUCCCAAAUUUUAAGUAUGACCGAGUUAAUACUCCAGAUCUGAGCGGUAUACGCACCCGCAGUCCAUUAGGUGAAGAAAAACUCAGCGUCUCUAGAUUUAAUUCUGGUAUUCCAAGCUUAGCAGGAUCCUACAUUGAACUCGACAUUUCUUCCCUACUGGACAAGUUUCCCGAAAGUGAACAGCUGGAAGAACUAAAGCAGGUUGAAUAUGCUGUUCUGCGGAAUCUGACUGAACUGCGCAAGAUAUACAAGCUAUACAGUAGCUUGGGAAGUGCGAAUUCCUUUGACAAUGCCUUUGUAAUGACAAGAAUGCAAUUUUGGAGAUUUCUCAAGGACUGCCGGUUUCAUCACUAUAAUUUAACACUAAUAGAAAUGAAUCGUUUCUUAGAUGCAGACAAUGUAGAAAUUGAGAAGAUGCAUUCACCACACACAACAAUGGUGCUUCGGACAUUUUUGAAUAACAUUAUAUAUUUGGCUUAUCGUAUUGGUAACAAAGAAAUACCACAGAAGUGUACUUCCAUCGUUGAUUGUUUUUCCAGAGUAAUGAACGAAAAUAUAUUGCCCCACGCAAGAAAUAUCAAAGGGUUCCUAUUUAGUGUACCCCAAAAAACUCCACAUGCAAUGUGUUAUUUUGAGAGGUGCUGGGACAUCUACCGGAUCUACUGCCAACCAAACGCUGCUGCUCCUCAUGAACCAACCAUGAAAAUGCGGCAGUUCAUCUGGCUAAUGAAUGAUUUUAAAAUUACUGGCAAGGUACUUACUGUAACUCAACUAGUGCACAUUCUAGGUUCUGAUGAUCCCAAUGUACGCAGUUCUAAUGAAAUCAAUCUUGAACUGGAGCUUACAAUCCUUGAGUUCUUUGAGGCACUCCUUGGCUGUGCCAUGCUAAUUGUUACCGAUGAACCAGCAGACUUGCCGAACAAGGAAACAUAUAAAGAUGAAGAAAGCCAGAAAACCAUGUUUGAUGUCCCCAGUGAUGUUUCUGAGAAGCAACCAGACAAUCUACCACUGGUUAAGUCUCCUUGUGUUCCGGAGGACCAAGCUCCAAAUAAAGAUAUGUUGGCAACAGGAAGAAAACAGACGCCAUCUACACCAACAUAUUCUACAAAAAAUCUACAAUCGGAAACUGCAACCAAUAAAUGGUUUUACCAAAUCAGUCAAUUUUUCAUGACAAUUUUCUUUCCUGCACACGAGUACGCAGAGCAAGUACAGCAAGAAAUCCCUAAAAUCAGAGAGCAGCAGGCAGAACUGGCUCGGAUUAGGCAGAUUGAAGAGGAAGCAAGACGACAAAAGCAAGAGGAAGAGGAAGCCAUUAGAAGUGCACAGAUGGAAGUAGAGAAAGCAACUGCUAGCAUGGAAAAGGUGCAGGUCACUCAAGAAGUGACAGAGGAUGACAAAACGUCUCAGCGUCCCGUAACCCCUAAAGAAGAACAUCCAUCUGCUCCCCAAACAUCAAGCACAAAACCCACUCCUGGGACAAUGAAAAAGCGGAAGAAAUAGAUAUAUAAACCGCUCGUCUUUCAAGUAUUGGGAUGAUGUACAACUUAAUGCAUUGCUCUCCCUGUUAGCAUUUAAUUGACCCAUUGGCACUGAACGUUUAGAAAAUAAAUACACAUUCUUAAAAUUUAUCAUAUAGAAUAAAAAAAUCUGGAUUGUGUUAACCAGGUUUUUAUUUUAAUAAGUUAUAGGGUAAACAUGGAUUAAAUUCCAAAUGCCACAUUCUCCUGC